AUGGCUAUUAUAAAUGAAACAUCAGGUUAUGUGAAUGUAUUUCUAAGCAGCAAUGUCUCCACUUUUACUUCGCAAAAGAGAUUCCCUCUCUCUACCACUAUAGCAGAGUUAAAGGGUAAAUUGGAGCUAAUUACAGGAGCUAAUUCAAGUACAAUGCAGCUGCAGCUUCUUGACAGACAGAGAAAAUUGAUUCAAUCAUUAGAUGAUGACACAACAUCAUUAGAGGCUUGUCAUGUUCACAAUGACAUGAUCAUACAUGUGAUUGAUAGUGAUCCAUCAAAAUCUCUGGGAGAAUUUGAAGAUUUAUCUAAAGUUGAGAAAUAUGAAAUGCCAGAAGAGGAAUAUGCUAAAAGAGGAGAGUCCUUACGUGCUUUCAAGGAGAAGAUGAAGCUUGGUCGAUUUGCUGAGAGAGACCCAGAAAGCAAGCUCAAAGAAGAGGAAGAGGCAACUAAAGCAAUCAGUAUAGGUGCUCGUUGUGAAGUGACAACUCCUAAAGCUCCACCCAGAAGAGGUGUUGUGAUGUUUGUAGGAAAGACGCAUUUCAAAGAGGGAUAUUGGAUUGGAGUCAAAUGCGAUGAACCACUUGGAAAAAAUGAUGGCAGUGUUGAUGGACAAAGGUAUUUUGACUGCCCUCCAAAAUAUGGACUAUUUGUAAAACCCAACUCAGUUAAAGUGGGUGAUUAUCCUGAAGAGACACUUAGUGAUGAUGAAGAGAUGUAA